AUGUCUUACAACGACCCCGUCCCCCUCUUCGACACCACAGCCUCCGAACCCUCAGCAUUCUCCCGCCGCCCCACUCCAAAAUACAAACUCAAAUCAGCCAAGCAACUCGACGCAGCCGACGAGCGCCGCGAAGCAGCAGCCGAGCUAAGAGCUCAGAAGAGGGAAGAGGAGAAAAAUGGGUACGUGGGCCCGAAACACACUAAGAAGCAGAGAAAACAGGGAAAGAAGGCGGAGAAGAGCUUGGCUAAGAAGGCGGCUAAGAAAGAGAAGAAGAGUGCAGAGAAGAAUAAAGAAGAAAGUGAGGCGGAUGAUGAGGAGUAA